AUGCAACGGCUCAGCAUUGACCACAACAUGACCACCACCAACCAUCCGGAGGCCGACGGCCAGACAGAACAAACUAACCGCACGCUGGUGCAGUAUUUGCGACUUUACGACCAACAGAAAUCAUCUAACAGGCUUGACUUUCUUGCUUGUGCAAAAUUGAUUUAUAACACUAUAGUGCAUUUGUCCACUCGCUGCUCCCCAGCGUCCCUGGUCUACACUGAAACUCCACUCGGCGAUCCGCCGCUCGACCUAGCGGUUGGAAGCCAGCCCCGAUCGGCUGACGCUUCUGAUCUCCUCAUACAGCUUGCAGCAGCGAGGGACUGCAUGCGCAAGGCACAGGAACGGCAAGCCAGAAACUACGAAAAAAAAUGUUCCGCAAUUAGCUUCAACCCAAGCGACUUGGUUCUAAUGGAUUCGGACGCUCUCCGUAGAGUGCAGGAGGGCGAGCAACCCAAAACUUUCGCCACACGAUGGGUUGGACCGUUUGCGGUCCGCUCUCGGGGCAGCAGCGAGGGACUGCAUGCGCAAGGCACAGGAACGUUAAACUAG